AACCCUAAUUAUUGAUUAGCCAAUGACCUCAAUACUCGGUUUUAGGGCUAGGGUUUGAAGCGGUUCACUUUCCUAACCGGGGUUUCUUCCUCUUCUCCCUCGCUUCUGCAACCCUUCUCCUCCUCUCUGUCACCAAUGGGCAAGAGAGAGAAGAAUCCAAAAGCAGCUAAGUCCCAUCACGAAGAAGAAGAAGAAGAGGAUCAAGAACAUCAACAAUUGAACCCUACAAGAUCCCCAAUCGUAGUGAGCAGCGACGAUGAAGAAGCUAACGAAGAUCUGAGCUUGAAAAUCGUCGAGAAAUCAAUGCUACGAGCUUGCACCGCCCCACAAAGCUUCACAUUCGACGUCUCUUCUUCUUCUUCUUCACAGGAAACCGAAGUUGUGGCGUCGGAUUCGAAGAGUACGAAGAAGAAGAGUAGGAAAGAGAAGAGUAAGAAGAACAAGAAGGUGGAAAAGCAAGAGGAAGAAACUGUUGUGGUUGCUAAGGAAGAAGAGAAGGCUGAGACAAGCAAAGCAGCCGAGAGUAAUGAGCUUGCGGAGACGAAUCCCGCUGAUAUACCUGAUAAUGUUGUGUUACGAAAGCUUCUUCGAGGGCCAAGAUAUUUUGAUCCUCCAGACAGUGGUUGGGGUGCAUGCUAUAAUUGUGGUGAAGAAGGUCAUAUAACGGUGAACUGUACCUUAGCUAAGCGGAAGAAGCCGUGCUUCGUUUGUGGGAGUUUGGAGCACCAUGCCAAGCAGUGCACAAAGGGACAAGACUGCUUUAUCUGCAAAAAAGGAGGUCACCGUGCAAAAGAUUGCCCGGAAAAGUACAAGCGGGUAUCUCAGAGUUCUAAGAUAUGCUUAAAAUGUGGAGACUCUGGUCACGAGAUGUUUUCAUGCAAAAAUAAUUAUUCUCAUGAUGAUUUAAAGGAAAUUCAGUGCUACAUUUGCGAUAGCUUUGGCCAUCUUUGUUGUGCUGAUUUUGCUGAUAAUGGCCCUGGAGAACUUUCUUGUUAUAGAUGUGGUCAGUUGGGCCAUAACGGUUUGGAAUGCAAAGGGGCACAUGGUGAGAGAACUACAGGGGGGUCACUUAGUUCAUGCUUCAAGUGUGGUGAAGGAGGACAUUUUGCUCGUGAAUGCACGAGUUCAACUAAGGAAUACAUAGGGGCACAUGGUGAGAUAACUACAGUGGGGUCCCUCAGUUCAUGCUUCAAGUGUGGCGAAGGAGGACAUUUUGCUCGUGAAUGCACGAGUUCAACUAAGGAAUACAUAGGGGCACAUGGUGAGAUAACUACAGUGGGGUCCCUCAGUUCAUGCUUCAAGUGUGGCGGAGGAGGACAUUUUGCUCGUGAAUGCACAAGUUCAACUAAGGUUCGGAAAAGGAACCUUGAAUUAUCAACCCCUGCGCAGAAGUUUUUAGACAAAAACAGAGAGGAUGUGAGACCAAGGUCUGUACCUUCUGAACCUGGGAAGAGUCGCAAAAGGAGCAAAUUUCAGUACCAAGGGGUUACUACAACACCAUCUAAUGUAAAAAGAAGGGGUGGUUGGAUUACCGAAGAUCCUGGAGACUUAUCCCCUGGAAAAGCCAAAAUGCGUGGAUGGGGUCCAUGGGGAUCUCCUGUAACACCAAAUGAUAAGUGGAAUAAGACUUACUAUUCAUCUAAUAGUGGUCAUGCUUCAAGUUCUCAUUCUUCUAGAAAAACACAAAAGCUUCAUUUUGGAGAUUCAGAAUCAAAUGGACCCCCCCAAUUUUAUCAGCACAGAUAUUCAGCCUCAAGGUUUGGAAACUUUAGUAGUGAUGGAAUGAGGAGAAACUAUGAUUGGUAGCAGGAAGAUUUUUGCCCCUGUUGUACGAAGGCCUUGAGGAGGGAGUAACUGCAAAAGGAUAUAGGUUUGGGGGAUCUCAUUUUGACAUUUAAUCCACUGAAUUGGAGCCGAUCUACCUGUACAUUGUCCGGACGCAGUAAUUCCUCUCUGAAAGUUCUCGGUGUACAUUAUAGUAGGGAAAUGCUAAACCCUGUAGUUGGGAGCUUGAUCUGCCCCCAGAAUGUGUCGAGCUUAGUUUGAAACACAAUGCAAUGUUUAAUUUCACAGCCGACGCUUUAGUUAUUUUUUCAACCAGCUAUCCCGGUAUCUCUCUAUAUUUGUUAUUGCACCGUGUCUACUCGGAUAUUGUUAUAUCAUCAAUGAAAGUGGUGUAUUUAUUUA